GAAGCGCUGGGCCCCGGCGCGGCGCGCGCGUACGGAGGCCCACGAGGCUGCGGUGCCUUCAGGGUUUGCUGGGUCACCCGGCGCGCCGAGUCCGUUAUAAAUCAAGAGGAGUUGAGAGUCUGGUGGCAUGGCUUUAAUUACCUUGCGGAGGAACCUUUGUCAUUUAUCUGAUUUUCGGAUACAUGGAGCUCUGGCUGGUCUGAAAACUCAGCGUGUGAAUUGUGUUCACAAGACAGUCAAGGAGCAUCUGUGUCCGUGGUUCUGGUCACUGCAACUUGAGCCUGUUAGGGUCAGGUUCCAUCAUGCCCAUUCUAAAAAGUUCCAUUCAGAAAAUGGAAAUGACCUUCAUCCAGUUGGUGAGCCAGUGUCCUCUCAAGUACACACUUGGGACAGGUCUGAACACAGUGUUACAAAUGUGGAUGAACAGAUAUUUUACAGGAGACUGAACAGCUUCACUUCAUCGGAAGAAGUCUUACAUUUUAUAAGCACACUGCAGACUUUGCCUGAUACUAUGGCAGCAGGAGCCUUACAUCGGAUUUGUGAAAUGGAAAAAAAAGAUGAUGAUCAAAGGUUGCCAAAAGAAAUACUGGAAAAUAGCGCCUUUCAAGCUUUGUGUAAUCAGUUUGCACAGGACCCCUCAAAUCUGUCAAACACGGGUUUGGUGACUGCUUUGCAAGCCCUGACCCUGUUGUAUGUGGAUCCCCAAAGUCGCUUGCUGCUGAACCUCCUGGCAGAGUGCCAGCAUCGUCUCGAAAGGGGUAGCCUGGACAUUCACAGUCUUUGUAUCCUGGGGGAAAGCCUGAUUAAACUGCAAGGUCCAGGUUGUUUGACACUAGACCUGAUUAUAUAUCAACUGCAAGGUGAAAAUUUGGAAGAAUUUACCCCCGAGGAUAUUGUGACCCUUUACAGAAUACUUCAGGCAUGUCCUGAAAAAGUUGACCAACACCAGACGUUUUUAAAUAAGAUAAAUAACUUUUCUCUGUCAGUAGUUUCCAGCCUGAGUCCUAAGUUGCUGAGCCAAAUGCUCACUGCCUUGGUGGUCCUUGAUCAAACUCAGGCACUUCCGCUGGUUAUAAAAUUGGGUAAAUAUGUUGUGAGGCAUAUCCCUCAUUUCACUAGUGAAGAGCUCAGAGAAGUCUUAGAGGCAUUCAUCUACUUUGGGCACAAUGACAGAUUUUUUACAAAAGCCCUGGAGCAACAUGUCGCUUCACUCUGUCUCACUCUGGAUCCCGAGGUUGUCAGUAAAGUCAUGGAGUAUUGCAGUAGAAAGCUGAUUUUUUCAAAACCCAUCCUCGAUGCAGUGGCAGAAACUUUUGUUUGUCAGUCAGAAAAAUUUUCACCUAAUCAAACUGCUGAGUUAAUUGAACCAUUUGGAAAACUCAAUUAUUUGCCACCAAAUGCCUCUGCUUUAUUUAGGAAGCUAGAAAACAUACUGUUAACUCGUUUCAAUUAUUUUCCACCCAAAACACUAUUGAAACUUCUCCAUUCAUGUUCACUUAUUGAAUGCCAUCCAGUCAACUUUAUGGCCAGACUAUUCAGCCCGUAUUUUCUUCAGCAGCUGCAAGGUGAAGAGUCCUAUUUGGACAGACUGAGCCUAGCACAACUGACCCAACUUUUCUUAACCACGAUUCUAGAAUGCCCGUUCUAUAAGGGUUCAAAACUUCUUCCUAAAUAUCAAGUGAAAUCAUUUCUUACUCCGUGCUCUUCCCUGGAGACCCCCAUGGAUUUUCAGCUUUAUAAAUCUGUGAUGAUUGGACUGAUUGACCUUUUAGGAGCAAGAUUGUAUUUUGCUUCAAAAGUGUUAACACCCUAUUGUUACACGAUAGCCUUCUGCCCAGUUGAUAAAUGCAGUAUGGAAGAAAUCAAAACAACAAGGAGAAAAGGAAGCUAGUGUUUGUGAGGGUAUCACACGAAGAAUUUUUCCUUUCUUCUCUUACCAGAUGUUGAAAUUAAAUUAGAUG